AUGGCUCACACUGCUGUUCAAGGGAGCAUAGGUAGUCGCACUGCCUCUAUGGGGCUGCGCAACUACAAGAUCUGCCUGUUUCAGUAUGAAAACUACCAAGGCCGGUGCAUGGAGCUGAACAGUGAGUGUCGGAACUUGUGUGACCGCGGAAUGGACAGGAUCCGCUCCAUUCGGGUCGAGUGUGGAGUCUGGGUGGGCUACGAGCUGGAGAACAUGCUGGGGGAGAUGUUCAUACUGGAGAAAGGCGAGUACCCACGUUGGGAUUGCUGGUCCAACAGCUACUGCAGUGACUGCUUGAUGUCGGUCAGACCUGUCCGCAUGGACCCCCAGGACCACAGGAUCUGUCUUUUUGAGUGCAGGAGCUUCGAGGGCCGUAAGAUGGAGGUGUGUGACGAGGAUAUCCCCAGCCUGUGGUCCUAUGGCUUCCAAGACCAUGUGGCCAGCAUUGAAGUGACCGGCGGCACAUGGGUGGGGUACCAAUACCCCGGUUACCGUGGCUACCAGUACGUGUUUGAACAUGGUGCCUACAAGAACUGGAGUGAAUGGGGCGCCCGGCACCCCCAGAUCCAGGCCAUCCGGCGUGUGCGUGACAUGAUGACUCAUCGGCGAGGCUACUUUGACAUGACAGCAUAG